AUGCAUAAUUGGCACUCCUCCAAUUGCGGAAGACCAGAUGUGGUUGUCUACGAAGGCCUCGGAGUUCCAGUUUGUAUGGACUGUGGUGAGAUGUCCCAGCCAUUUGAUGUGGGGAAAGACCAUCAAGAUGAGCUCGACAUACCAGACGGUCCUAAGAGGUCUGCCAUGCGGUUGAACUGGCCACCUUCUGUGCCGUAUUCAGACGAUGCGUACCAAUAUGACAAAGGCAAAUCACUUUCCAAGGCUAUAGAACAGUACUUGGAACAACUCUGUUGCCAGAAUAGAACAGGCAACGCCACUGCGCAUUCCCUUCCUUCAGAAUCCUUCGAUCGACCCCAGGAUCAAGCGUCUUCGGGAACCAAGCCCACCUAUAACCCACUUCGAGGCACUAAAAUUCGCGUUUUGAAACUAUCCAGAGGCCGCUCCGGAAGCCCUCUACACGGCAAUCUUGAAACCAUCGACCUCCAUGACGAAGAGCCCAAGACCGAGGAACCAGGUAUACUGCUAUUAGAGAAUGGCCAGGAUCACACGCCAUAUGAAGCAAUAUCUUACACAUGGGCCACAAUUUCCGGAAAUCGACAGAAGGACCACGCCAUAUUUAUUGGCAAAUCAUGGAGUAUGCUGCCGAUUACAGAAAACUGUUUUGAUGCAUUGACGAGUUGUCGACUUGAAGACGAGGAUCGAUGCCUGUGGGUUGACUCCAUAUGUAUCAACCAGUCAGAUGUCUCUGAAAGAACUCACCAAGUUGGACUGAUGAGACAAAUCUACUCUGCAGCCAACCGUGUGUUGAUAUACCUGAGUGUGGACCAUGCCAGCAGCGACCCAGCGACUGUCAAUGACGACCCAGAAACCCUUUGUCUAAAUCCCUAUUUCUCCCGUAUAUGGGUAGUCCAGGAAAUAGGCUCGGCAAAAAAGGCCAUCGUGCUAUACAAGCGGCAAUCGAUGGGUUGGGAUUUCUUUCAUACAAACCUACAACGAUUAAUGACCCGGAAAUGGGUUCGACACUUUGGCCGCGCCAGGCAGAUUGAUGACACUGAAUCUUUCUUGGCACUCCUUGAAGAUACUUGGGACUGCCAUGCAACAGACCCAAGGGACAAAGUAUUUGCAUUAUUGGGGCUAUGGAAGGAGUCACUUGAGCCGGACUACACACUCUCACCACAGGCCGUUUACAUCGGACUAGCCUCCAGAUUUGUGACAGACAGAGACGAAAGACUAGCUGGAAGAGUGCUCGAUAUGGCCAGCCAGGACCAUUCACUGGUUGGCCUACCAUCCUGGGUGCCUGACUGGAGCGUCAAGAGUCAACAACUACAUCGAAGAGCUUGGAAGAAGAAGUGUUUCUUGCCCUCAACUACCAUAUCUAGUGGGCGAUCAAAAAGACAAAAGUUCCGAAUACACAGUAACACCGGUUCUUUAUGUGCCGUGGCUGCAGAGAUCGACACAUUGGAAUCAUACCUGCAGAAAGGUUUUCGGGUGACAACUGAUGGUCUGGCCACCGCAACAGUUGGGCAAAUUCAGGUCUCUAUGCCUCUUCACGUCACAUCUAAAUGCAAACCAACGGAUAGUAUAUCUGAAGCCUACGAGUAUGAGUUCUUCUUGAUUCUUCGCAAGAAGACAGAUACUCACAUAUAUAAGUUUGUUGGGCUUUGCGACUACAUUGUAUUAGCGACUACCGAGACGACACAGGUCGAUGCAAUUAGAUAUCUAAAGGACUGGGCCUGGCUUCUUGACGGACAGAGAACAUGGGCAUGGUCAAAAUUGUCGAAUUGGGAGACGACGCACAAAUGCUGGCUGAAUCUGAAGGAGCAGCAAAGAUUCGAACGUCGAAUCUGCUUUCGAAGGUUAAUCCAUAAGGCACAUUUCCUCGAGAAAAUCCGUGAGCUGGCAGAAGCUACACGGGAUAUUUCGAAUGACUACGAUGGCGACAAAAACAUAUUGUCGGCCUUUUUUAGUCGGAGGUGGACAACCGUCUGUCAACGAUGGAGUAUAGCCGACGACCUGCAAGUGUCACUCCAACGAAAGCACAGAAAUGAGAUCCGAAAUCUUCUGUCAGGAUACAAGAGUCUGGAUUCGUCACCUGAAUCCCUUGAGACAACUGAGCUGGAGCCGUCGAUGUGGCUACCUAUCUCCUCCCAUUGGUUUCACUGGAUAGAACACUAUGGAAAGGAUUGGCUGUACAGCUACUAUGAGCCAUUGGCCGCAUGCAUAGAAAAAGAAAUCCCUUUACCUCACCUGAGCCUGGUUAGUACGUUCGACGAACGGAUGUCGUUAUUUCUCAAGACCGACCUCGAAACAGGACUCCGGCAACUGCAGCUCGUCGCCCAUUGCUACCCUCUGAUCGCUCCAGAAAUGGCUAAGAAGAGCAGGUCAUAUUUUCUCAACACAGGGUAUAGCUUCAACUUCAGAAGUGUCCAAUUGGAGGCAUUCCUGCGCUGGCUAUCAAAACCGUGGUCACCAAACAUAUCCGUUCUCAGAUCCGAGGGGAACUUGGAAAGCUUACUAAUUUGGGAAGCUAUGUUUGAUAACAGAAAUCAGAUCAACGUUAUCCACAAACUACUCGACGAGAGUUUUGACAAACAUUUGUCGUUGUUAUCGACGUCUUGUGACAAGAUGCUGUUUACAAAAUUCUUCAACUUGAUCUUUAGGGAGCAAUUUGAACUUGUGUGGAUCUUUGUUUUACAUAACUCUGAGAAAACCACAAAGGUCAUCGACAAAUUUUCCCUGUUUAAUCUAGGUCCCCAGCUUACACGAACAUUCUGGUGGAGGUUCCACAGGAGUAUUGUUAGAGUGUUUGAGAUCUUGGGAGAGAGUUCACCCACAGAUGAUCAGAUAGAACAGAAGUGGUAUGAUUGUCUUGAUUGGGUGUCACAGGGAGAACCUCCACCUCGCGUUGCAAGUCAUCCUUUGCCUGGACUUGAACCCGAACUUAUAGUGAGGCCUCAGUACGAGCAUCGGGACUUCCAUAGCGAGCGGUUGGUGGACUUUAUCUCAAAGCUCACAUAUCAUGGAUCAUUCAUUUCAACACGACGGUCAACAACAUCGGAAGGACUCGAAAAUACGGAUAAUGAUUCCCGUUCAGCACCAGAAACAGACUUUGCCAAAGAACAGCUCUCCGAGAUUGUGUAUUCGGAGAUUGAACGACUCAGGCUUCCAGAAAAGGUGUUUGCUUUUCUUUUUACUGGUAUCCGUGCAGAUCAAGAGCCGCGUGAGUUAGCAUACACAACGUUUGAAGCUAUGGUUGCUGGCAAACAGUCACUUGUGUUGGGUUCCAAAAUUGUUGAGGGAUGGAGGCAAGAUGAGGAGCAAUGGAAAACAGUGGAGGCGUAUGUGUCAGACUCCGAAUGGCAUAUGACUAGCUUGAAGUUGAAGCUGAUCGGGGGGGUAGCAGCAAGUGAAGAAGAACGGGAUGGCUGGGGCAUAUACCAAGAGAUUGUUAUCGUAUAG